CGAACACAAAUUCAAAUUAGCCAUUGGCUCCAAAGUCCAAAACCCAACACUACCAUCUUCAACUCUGCUCCAAAGCAAAACCCAAAAAGCAUGGCCAAAGCCAACAACGACAACAACACCGAUCUCUUCACCUCCUUGAUCUCAGACAUCAAAUCCUACUCUGGCAACGACCCUCUUCUCCCAUGGCUCCGAGGGAUCAGAAAGAUGAAGGAUUCGCUGCCCUCGCAAGUUCUGAACGAGAAGCUGCCACGGUUUUUGCAGAAGUGCGCGCAGACCUUCGAUUCCGAUCGCCGUUACAAAAACGACUUACGAUACCUCCGUGUUUGGUUACAGUUGAUGGACUUUGUGGAGGAUCCAAAAACGCUUCUGAGGACCAUGGAGGUGAAUCAAAUUGGAAAAAAGAAGUCUUUGUUCUACCAAGCAUAUGCUCUUUACUAUGAGAAGAUCAAGAAAUUUGAGGAGGCUGAGAAAAUGUACCAUUUGGGUGUGCAGAACCUUGCAGAGCCUGCUGAUGAGUUGCAGAAAUCAUAUGAGCAGUUCCUUCACCGCAUGGAGAGAUACAAGAACAAGAGGAUCCAGCGCCAGGAAGUAAGAACUUCCAAGAGGCCAUUGUCUGCCAGCAACAUUCCUCCCAAAGGCAGUAAAACUGAAUUAAACAAGGAAAAUUGUAGAGGAAGCUGGCAUGACAGAGCUUCACCUGAAACACUACCUGAUGCUCAAUUUCCUAAGAAGAUUGGACCUGGAACUAUCUCUAAGCAACAAGUAACUACUCAAAGGGAGACACUUUGCAGUGAUGACACUGUUGUGGUGAAGUUUGUAGAUACUGCCAUUGUUGGAAAAUCUGAGGCUGAAGAUGCUUGCCAUCACGGGCUGGUUGAUCCUACAAUAAAUAUGAAAGAGGCCAUGAAUGCCAUUAAUAGCAUGUUUCGAGAACCUAUAGAGACAACAGUUGGUAGAAGAUCACAUAGAAGCAGACCAAAAGAAGAUGGUUUGAACAAUGGAUUUCAAGUGUUCAUUGAUGAAAAUUUGGGCAAUAAUCAAAAAGAAAAAGGUUCUUCAAUCCUGCAGCAUAGUGGGACUAAAACUUGCUCGUCUCAACAAGAACCAUUUAAAAUAUUUGUUGAUGAUGAAGGAUGUAGUGAAAUUGGAGAGAGAGAUGAGAGUGAAAACCUUGAGCAGAGUGAUGUUCAAAAUUUGACAGAAGGUUCCCAUGGAAAUGCUUUUGUGUUUCCUAGCCCAAAUGAUGUUUCAUCUGAAGGUUCUGAUGAUCAGAAUGUGCAGAGCUCACCUCAAGCAAAGUUUAGAGAGGAUACUGUUGUUUGUAGAUUUGUUGGCUCAACUAUUUCAGAUGAGCCGGAAGUUGAAAAUGUUUGCCACCAUGGCUUAGUAGAACCCACAAUCAACUUGAAGGAGGCUAUGGAUGAUAUAAAUAACAUGUUUGGGAAGCCAAUUGAUUUUGUUAGGACCAAGAGAUCGAAAAAGCAGGACAAGGUAGCAGAUAGUAAAAGAGGUUUUGGUGGGUUUUCUAUACUUCCUGAUGAUGACUUGGUACAGCAAGAAGUUCAGCUGAAGCCAAAAUUAUCUGGAACAUCGAAAGAAUGUGAUCUGUUUGAGCCAACUGUGUUUACAAAGGAGGCGAUGGAUGACAUAAAUAAGUUGUUUGGAAUGCCAUUGGACUUUUAGGAACAAUGUGCCUUUGUGCUACAGAAAUUUUGGAUUUGUUGUCAAAGGGGGAAAGAUAAUCAAUGGAGCUUUGUUUUUUUAUGUGGUCACAGGUGUUUGAAACGUGAAAUUUCUCUUGGUGGAUUUCUUCUCCAUAAUGAGUUUUCUGAGUGUAUUUAUGCCAUUCUAUCUUCAAA